UUUGGGAGGGUAUGGUCGCUCUAAUGUAAACACAACAAUUUCUCGCAUAAAUAGAUUUCAUGCUAAUUUGCUUUUAUUUUUCGAGCGCGACUUGAAGCUUUGUGCGAUAUGGAGAUGGUUGACCCAGAUGCACAUUUGGUGGCCUUGAAAGUUAUGCGGCUUAUGCGGCCCACUUUGGUGGGUCUGGGGCCAAUGGUCACCUGUGAGCCCACGGAUCUGGUCCAACGAUUUAAUUACACCCAAGAGAGCGACGGUAUCACAGGGGCUGGUGCGGAAACCUUGGCUGCCGGUCAAGUGCUACUGUUGCCCCAAUCCUUCGGGAGCAUCUACCUAGGGGAAACAUUUUCGAGCUAUAUUUGUGUCCACAACACCACGACGCAUCCUGUGGAAUGUGUCACCGUCAAGGCCGAUCUACAAUCUAACACUUCGCGCAUUAAUUUGUCCCUCCACGAGCAUGUAAAGUCCCCGGUGGUACUGGCUCCAGGUGGCACCAUUGAUGACGUUAUUCGUUACGAAGUUAAAGAAAUCGGAACACACAUCCUUGUUUGCGAAGUGAAUUACACAACUCCAGCUGGUUUCGCCCAAUCUUUGAGGAAGUUUUUCAAGUUCCAAGUUCUUAAGCCGCUAGAUGUAAAGACAAAGUUCUACAAUGCUGAAAUCGACGAAAUAUAUUUGGAAGCCCAAAUUCAGAACGUUACCACCAGUCCGUUCUGUCUUGAAAAGGUUGAAUUGGACAGUUCCGAGGACUAUUCAGUGACUCCGCUGAACACCCUGCCUAAUGGGGAGUCUGUUUUUACAGUGAAACACAUGUUGCAGCCCAACAACAGCUGUCAAUUCCUUUACUGUAUCAAGCCCAAAGCCGAUAUUGCAAAGGAUAUAGACACCCUGCGACAGUUUAAUAAUGUUGGCAAACUAGACAUCGUGUGGCGGUCAAAUCUUGGAGAAAAGGGCCGGCUCCAGACUAGUCAGCUGCAGCGAUUGCCUUUUGAAUGCAAAACUCUACGAUUGGAAGUUAUGGACGCAAAGAAUACUAUUAAAAUCGGAACGGUGUUUACCUUUAAAUGUCGGGUAACGAACACAUCCGAACAACCAAUGAAAUUGAAUGUUCGGAUGGUCUCUAAAUUUUCCCCUGAUAGCCAAUAUUCGGGGUGUGCCGAUUUUAUGCUGGAUCUACUAAAAAGUGGCGAGAGUGCCGAGUUUCCACUGUCCGUAUGUCCAUCGAAGUUGGGUCUUAUUAAGGUUUCGCCAUUGAUAUUGACGAAUACCCUACAAAAUGAACAGUUUACUAUUGAGAAUGUGGUCGAUGUGUUUGUAGUAACCUCGGACUAUAAUAACGACCCAACCACUCUUCAAAAUAAGUUAAUUCGUUAUGAAAGUGCUGCAAACUGCUUCACGCAAAAACAAGUUCAAUUGCAAGUUGUGUAAAAUUUCUGUAAAUAAAUGUAUGUUAUUUAAAACAUGUGA